UUCCCGACAGGCUCCACGCGGGGGCCAUUCUGGGCUCCUUAGCCGUGGCCGCUGCUGUCGCUACUGCCGCCGCCGUUGCUGGGGGUUCGGUGAGACCAUAGCCUGUCGCGGACCCCGUAGGGUCCGUGUCAGUCGCUGUUUUUGCCUGAGGGGUCCUCCUUCCUCCGUCGCACCCUGACUCCCGUGGUGUCGACGGGGAGUCCCUGCGGACACCUCGGCACGCGGUGGAGAUGCCUCUCUUUGCCACGAAUCCCUUCGAUCAGGAUGUCGAGAAAGCAACUAGUGAGAUGAAUACUGCUGAAGAUUGGGGUCUCAUUUUGGAUAUUUGUGAUAAAGUCGGUCAGUCGCGCACUGGACCUAAAGAUUGUCUUCGGUCUAUUAUGAGGAGGGUGAACCAUAAAGAUCCUCAUGUUGCUAUGCAAGCUCUGACUCUUCUAGGAGCAUGUGUAUCAAACUGUGGCAAAAUUUUUCACUUAGAAGUAUGUUCAAGAGAUUUUGCUAGUGAAGUAAGCAACGUAUUAAACAAGGGUCAUCCUAAAGUGUGUGAAAAAUUAAAGGCCCUUAUGGUUGAAUGGACAGAUGAAUUUAAGAAUGAUCCACAGCUCAGUCUAAUAUCGGCAAUGAUUAAGAACCUUAAAGAACAAGGAGUUACGUUUCCAGCUAUUGGCUCUCAGGUAGCUGCAGAACAAGCAAAAGCAAGCCCAGCUCUGGUAGCCAAGGAUCCUGGUACAGUGACUAACAAAAAAGAAGAAGAAGAUUUAGCCAAAGCCAUUGAGCUGUCCCUGAAGGAACAAAAACAGCAGUCCACCACCCUUUCCACUUUGUAUCCAAGUACAUCCAACCUCUUAACUAACCACCAACACGAAGGCCGAAAAGUUCGUGCUAUAUAUGACUUUGAAGCUGCUGAAGAUAAUGAACUUACUUUUAAAGCUGGAGAAAUUAUUACUGUUCUUGAUGACAGUGAUCCCAACUGGUGGAAAGGUGAAACCCAUCAAGGCAUGGGGUUAUUUCCCUCUAAUUUUGUAACUGCAGAUCUCACUGCGGACCCAGAAAUGAUAAAAACGGAGAAGAAGACGGUACAAUUUAGUGAUGAUGUUCAGGUAGAAACAAUAGAGCCAGAGCCAGAGGAACAAGCCUUUAUUGAUGAAGACAAAAUGGACCAGUUGCUACAGAUGUUGCAAAGUACAGAUCCCAGUGAUGAUCAGCCAGAUCUUCCGGAGUUACUUCAUCUUGAAGCAAUGUGUCACCAGAUGGGACCUCUUAUUGAUGAAAAACUGGAAGAUAUUGAUAGAAAACAUUCAGAACUCUCAGAACUUAAUGUUAAAGUGAUGGAGGCACUUUCAUUGUAUACCAAGCUAAUGAAUGAAGAUCCAAUGUAUUCCAUGUAUGCAAAAUUACAGAAUCAGCAGUAUUAUAUGCAGUCAUCUGGUGUUUCUGCCUCUCAGGUAUAUCCAGGGCCUCAAAGUGGUACUUACCUGCUUGCAGGGAAUGCCCAGAUGAGCCAUCUCCAGAGCUAUAGUCUUCCUCCAGAGCAAUUGUCUUCCCUCAGCCAAGGAGCAGUUCAACCCUCUGCAAACCCUGCCCUUCCUGCUCAGCAGACUCAGGCUUCUUACCCUAGCUCAAUGGUCAGUUCUGUUCAAGGAAAUACAUAUCCCAGCCAGGCGUCAGUGUAUAGUCCUCCUCCUGCUGCUGCUACUGCUGAUGUCACUAUAUACCAGAAUGCAGGAACUAGUAUGUCCCAUGUGCCAAACUAUAGUUUAACGUCAUCAGCACUGCCUCAACCAGGAGGCAGUCAACAGCCACCUCAGCCACAGCAACCAUAUUCUCAGAAGGCUCUGCUAUAGGAUUUGGGAUUCCUCUUUGAUCUGCUAAAUGCCGCUGACAAUGUUAGAGAUUCUUUUGAUAUCUUAAGGUUUGUUUAUCCUCAGCUUAUAGGAAUCUGUCGUGGUCAACAAGUUCAAAUAUUCAAGAUUAUGUUGUCAAGAAGGUAGAACUCUCUUCAGUUUGCAUUGACUUUUCAGAGGUUCUCCCACUCCACCCCACCCCUCCCAGAGGAAUGAAACUACUUACAACAUUUAAUUCUUUUCAUCAUAUGAAAGAAUUGAUAUAAGAUUAUUUGUCUCAUAAAAUUACCUGGUCUGCAAGAAGUCAAACUUAACAAAAAUUGUUGUGGCAAAUAUUAUGUACAUAUAUUGCUGUGUAACUUCAUUAGUGGCCAUUUUUGAAUCACAAUGGUGAUCAUGUGAAUAU